UUAUUUAGCAGACGUACUUCAGUGAUGUCGUGUAACGUUUGUUUUGGUCCGUGUUUAAAACAUUGAAAGGACUGCUCAUGGGGUAAAAAUAUGUAUAUAUGCAUAAUGUUUUCUAGAAUUUAAUAUCUAGGCCUAAAUGUCAUCUAAUUAGUCCCGAUGGUGAAAAGAAAGCAGAGAAAAGUUUUGCGCUAUGUGGAGGAGGGGAGUCUGAUGAAGUUAAAGUCGUUUCUUCGUAAACACAAGGAUCUGGAGCUGAAUUUCACCCAGGGGAAGAAGCACAGAAGCCCCCUACACAUUGUCUGUUCACACGGGGAUGAUGCAAUUCUCAGACUGCUGUUGAAACAUGGAGCAGAUCCCCUUCAAACCGACCGAAAUGGAGAGACACCGCUACAUCUGGCCGUAAAAAGAGCCCUCAAACAUGGCUAUAGGGCUUAUGAUGACCUGGUGGUGCCAUUACGAAAAAACUGUCCAGAAGCAAUGGAUAUUUGUAAUAAAGCAGGAGUGAGUCCUCAUGACCUGCUCCAGUGGAUGAAGCCUGAGCAGGGGAACGUCAAAAAUGAAUCCUCGCAUGUUGAUCCAGAGAAGCAGUGGAGAGAGAAGCUGUUGGGUGAAUGUCAGGAUGAGUUUUUUGAGACAUUCGGACAGUAUGAUGGUGACUUUUUAUGGGAUGAUAAAGAUGAUGAAGACUUCGGAAACUGGGCGGAUCGGAUCAGACAGGAGUAUUUUGCCAAGAAACGGGCCAAAGAACAGAAGGAAGCCGCCUCUUCGGGUCAGAAGAGGUCGAAGCGGCGGAAGGAGACGGAGGAAGAUGAGAGGAGUCAGAGGGAGCUGAUAGCCAGGCUGGAGCGGGAGCAUGAGGAGUACCUGCAGCGUGCAGCUCGUAAGGAGGAGGAGACGCGGCAGGGGAGGAAGAGGCGCUAUGAGGAGCGCUGUGCCGCCACAUUUAACAGCUCCUCGAGCAAAGGACCUGAAGGACUGCUGGGAUACAACGACAUCCCUUGGCCCGCUCCUCGCGGCUCGCUGGAGGAAAUGGUGGCCGUUAUGUUGCACGGUGCUGAUCGAUCUGAUUUGAGUACUUUUCGGAAGGUGCUCCGUCGCCAGCAGGCCCUCUGGCACCCGGACAAGUUUUUCCAGCGCUGUGGAGGCCGUCUGCUGGAGUCUGAUAGGCAGAGGAUCCUCGACACCGUCACUGGCCUCUCACAGGAGCUCAACAGACUCGCACAAAACCUCCGUUGACGUAGACUUCUCUGAUCAGAGCACCUCACUAAAUGGCUUUCAGUCAGUUUUAUUUAAAGUUGGUAUGUGAUUAAGACACUUUUGAACAGUCAAAUAAAAAACCAAUUCUGUCUUAGCUUAAUGACGUAGUUGCUUUAUUGAAAGAAGAGGAACAAUAUUCUCCACAUGAAUUUAUUACUUGAACAAUAAUUUUUAUAACAUCAUGCCUGAUGAUGAAAAACCAUAUCCUCAUAAUUUACAGUGUAACAAACAAUAAAACUUAAUUUUAAUAUUAA